CGAUUAUCUUGGACAGUCGUGUUGCUCAGAAAAAGAGAGAAAAUAAAAGAACGAUUUUUUUCAUUUAAUUUUUCGUCCAUUCACAAACUUAUAAAUUUUUUAAUUUUUACAUUAUUUUUUACACGUAUACGUGUGCGCGUUUGUGUGUUUGUAAUAGCGCGCGCGCGCGCGCGCGUGUUUGUGUGUGUGUCUGUGUAAAAAAAUAGUGAAGUGAAACGAUCAAAUAAAUCAAAAGUGAUAGAAUAUAAUAGAUCAUUUGUAUGAAACGGAACGAUCGAUGAUCGACAAGAAACUUGAAUGGAAUUAAUUGGUCUUCGAGGAAUCUUUUGAAUUUGCCUUUUUUUCCCGCGCAAGUUUUACGCGAAGGAAUAAAAGAAAUAAAAUUAAUCAUGAAUGGGAAAAAUACGGUAAAGUUAGAUAACGGGAUGUUACAGCCACGUAUUUUACUUUAUCUCAUUCUCGCACAAUUUUUCUUGCAAUUCUUUACCUCGGUAUACCUCUACACGUACGUAGUUAGUGUAGAAAGUGAGCUUCGAAUAAUACGAAGUGGAGAGUGUGAGAGAUCUCAGGAAAAUGAAAAGUUUAUUCGACGAAGGCGAAGCAGCGCGUUACCAACAACGGGAGACAAUGCGGUUUCUGACAUAUCCAGGAUUCGAGAGGAUAAAGAGCUUGCGAAGGAAUCGAAAAAGGUAACCGCGCCACCGAUUGCAUUAUCAGGCUCUUCAUCUUCCCCGACUGCUCCUGGCGGCCAAGAUUGGGUUUGGUUAAAUGCCGAUACUCGUAUACAGUUCGAUGCGAUAGAAAACUUCUGUCGUUCAUCGACAAAAUAUUGUCCACCUGGUCUUCCUGGCUCACCUGGAAAUCCUGGCCCACCUGGUUUACCUGGUCUUCCUGGUGUACCAGGUACACCUGGACCAGAAGGACCUCCAGGAUUAGCAGGACUUCCUGGAAUCAGAGGACCUAAAGGUGAAAUAGGACCACCUGGUAUAGACGGAAGAGAUGGUAUCCCAGGUGAACCAGGUUUGGAUGGUAUACCUGGACGUAGUGGUCUCGAUGGACUUCCCGGAUUAAAUGGUAAAUCAGGAGAGGAUGGUAUACCAGGAUUUCCUGGAAGAAAUGGAACCGAUGGCAGACCAGGUCAACCAGGUCCUCAAGGGCCACCGGGACCGCGUGGAGAAUUUGGUCCACCAGGACGACCAGGAACAUCUGGACAAGAUGGAAAGCCUGGAAUAUCUGCUUGGAAAGUUCAUAUGAAUGAUUACAAUGUUAAUGAUUUGUUAAUUCCACCGUCUAUUUUAGAAGAUAAUUUGAUAUCACGAAAUGGAACUGAAUUGAUUACCCUAAGAGAAGGCAGUAAUGUAAGAUUGAGAUGUGCAACGAGUGGAAGACCACCACCUGUUGUUCAAUGGUCUAAGACAGAUGGUACCGUUAUACCUCUAGGAUCUUGGCAUGUGACUUCCGUAAUAGGCAACACAUUUAAUAUAAGCGUAGUGAAUAGGGAACACAUGGGUGAAUAUACGUGCGUUGCAGACAAUGGAAUACCUCCUCGAGCAUCUAAAAAGUUUAAACUUCAAGUUAGAUUUCCACCUUUUAUCCGAAUACGUAAUCAAGUGGUCCUCGUACGAAGUCAGAGUACAGCUAUCUUAGAAUGUGAAGUCGAGGCAUUCCCGGAGCCAACAGUUCAUUGGGAACGCGUCGAUGGUCGACGUUUGAAAAUAUCUGACAAAUAUCGUAUGGAAAUUUACGAAAGAAGAGAUUACAAGUUUAAAAUGCGUUUGAAAAUCCUUCGAGUUCUACCAAAUGAUCACGGUACCUAUCACUGUGUUGUAAAAAAUGAUAUCGAUGUUACGAAAGGUUCUCUUAUAAUCGAUGACGAUAUGAAAAAUAUGGAUAGAUUUAAAUUAAAUAAGCAACAGCAUGUAGUUUAUGGAGAACCCAUGCCACAGAAUAUCGAUUUGGAAGAACUAUGUCCACCCCAAGAAACUUGCCCUACAUGUCCUAUCAUGAAAUGUCUAUAUACCGAUAUAGACGGCUACGUAAAUGUUCAGCCUUUAAGGAAUGUUAAUUUCACAGGAUUGCCGUCAAGAUUAGUAGAUGGUGUAAUAGAAGCAGUAGGUAAGCCAGUGUUGAAAGGAACUAUGGACGAUCAUUAUGGUAGUUGGAUGCACGAUCCAUCUCCAAGGUUCGAUGGAAUUUCGGAUAAGCAUUGGAUUACACGAAAAAAUGAAACGUCUUAUAUAUUGGAAUAUAAAUCGAAAGAACAUUUUAAAAAUAAGACACCACAAAAAAUCGAAUUACCAUAUCCAUUUCAGGGAAACGGACAUAUAGUAUACAACGGAUCAUUUUUCUACAAUCCUAAAAAUCGAUCGUCGAUAUUUCGAUUCGAUCUUUACCAUGGUCAAGGAUGUGAUAUAUUUUUUUCAACAUGCGAAUUGCAACUACCUGGUUUAUACGUUAAUACUAACAACUAUCUUUACACUCCUAAUCAUAAUUUUAAUUACGUGGAUUUCAACGUUGACGAAAAUGGUUUAUGGGUAAUUUAUGGAUUACCAUCCAAUAAUACGGUCGUGAUGAAAGUGGGUGCUACUGAUCUCAGUCUUCAAUAUGCAUGGAACAUCAGUAUUGAUCACCAUAAAUUUGGAGAAAUGUUUAUCGCAGGAGGAGUUUUAUACGCUGUUCACAGCGUAACGGAUGAAACAAUGAAAAUUCGAUUAGCCUUAGAUUUAUACAAAAAUUCAACAGUGGAUGUACAUUUGUCAUUCUCCAAUCCAUAUCAUAAAACUACAGCUGUCAGUUAUAAUCACAAAACAAAGAUAACAAAAUUGUUUGCAGGAGCUGUAUACAUGGAAUAAAGGAAAUCUAUUAGCUUAUCCUGUAAAAUAUCAAGGUCUUAUUAAUGUUACAUUAAAAGAGGAACUCAAAGAUACUGAUAAUGUCUAAUAAAUUGAUUUUAAAUACCAACUGUGAUAGACUAUCUUCGAUCGAUAUCAGCUUGCUAAUUUUUAUAGCAUAACAAAGUAAUAAAAAAUAUCUUAUUAGGAAGAUACGAAUCAUCUAAAAUAUCUAUAUAAACUAUAUUUAAGGAAACCAUUUUUCGCUGUACGGACAGAUAUCGACAAAGUCGUGCUUUCGUGAUUUGUGUUCUAUAUAUUUUACCGACACGAGAGAAAUGAUCAUGUUUCUUAUUUCUACAUUUAAUGUGGAAAGAUUCCACAAACUUUCGUAUAAAAAUCUAAAUCAAUAUGAGUACACAACACACUUGAAUAGAGCCUAAAGAAGAAGAAAGAAGGAAUGAAAAAAAAGAAACUCAUCUAAACAUAAAAGCCCCUUUUGAAUAAAACCCCAUCCAAAAGCCUUUCCGUAAAGAAUAAUAAAAAAGCAAAGUGCAAUAGAACGCGUAUAAGCGUGGAAAUAAAGAAACUGAUAAUGAGGAGUAAGCAUCUUGAUGAUCGCACUACCCGCCAAAAAUAUCAUAGUACAUAAAUCGAGCUCAACUUUUCUCUACCGAAAGAAAGAAAUCUGUCCGAGACUAUAUUCAAGGGUCUCAUCCGAGGACAGAACAUAAUAAAUACCUAUAAAUAAAAAUAAAUACUUAUUAAUAAGAAUAAAUAAAAGAAUAAAUAUCUAUAAAUAAGAAUAAAUAAGAAUUAAUAAGUAUAAA